AUGAGGUGGUUUAGCACGCUUUUCGUCGCCAUCUGUGGUUGCCUGGCAACGGUUAGUUCACAGGAUACCUGUGAACGUCCCAGCGUAGGUCGUCUUGCUGGGGAGAUCAUACUCGGCUUGAAUUUUCCAUUUCAUUCGGAGUCAGAGGAUGGCUCGGGGUGCAGUUCGGAUAUCUUCGACUUGGAAACUAUACAGCUUCUCGAAGCAGCCAACUUUGCAGCUGAACAACUCAGCAACGCUAUCGUCGGUGUCACAAUAGGUAUCGAAGCAAGGGAUACAUGCUAUUCGCCAACGGUUUCCUGGCAACGAACCUUCGAUUAUGUCAGUGAGAUGGUUGAUAUGUUGGACGUUGAAGGAAACAUGUGCCCAGCAACAACUCUGAGACCAGGCGUCAUAGCAACUGAGCCGACGUUUACGUACGUACCAGGCGAAGAGCCAAGCUCGGCGACGUCGAGACUGUAUGGAACAACCGUCUCUGUCAUCAGCACUAUGCAAGAUGUGUUCAUGCCAACGGUCACCACUGGAAUGAGACCCCAACUCAACAUGCAGUACACAAUGCAACUACUGAAGAAACUCGGCUGGACGUACAUUGCGAUAGUAGCAAACAGUAACGUGGCACCAAUGAAAGAUCAAAUCGAGGCUGAGUUGGAUCUGCAUGACGUGUGCGUGGCUCGCUUCCUACAGGUGGAAUCGGGACAGACAGAUUACACUCAGUUGCUGAUUGAUUUGACGCCGACUGAACUGAAAGGUAUGGGUGGUGAAAGAAGACUAUUUCAUUUAUAG